AUUUAUCAUUAACAAACGAGCGUGUUUGGAGUUAGAACUGUUGGCUUUCUCGGUGUCUGAAGCGGGUUCUGGUGACAAACUACAGCUGUUCGGUUGGCUGGUGGAACGAUUUCGAUAACAUUGCCGUUAGGCGGAACAGAGUGCGUGUUUAAGUUCGUGGUUCGGCGUUUCUAGACGACUAAAGUGCUAGUGACAAUGAUGGCCUAUCAUCAACGGGUUUCCCAGUAUCGUAGCCCCAGAAGAAUCGACUUUGAUGACCCAUCAACGACGAAGCCACCGAGCCUGGCCAAAUCGGCCGUGCUCGCCGCGCUCGAGGACGAAGAGCGCGAAAAGUCUCGCGGCACUGGAUUGAAGCGCGUCGCUUGGCCACCACCAGCCGACGGUCCAGAGUACGAGGUACAUCCAUCACAGCAGAAACAACACGCUGUAGGUCAGCAAAUCCCAUUGCAGCAGCAGCAGCAACAGCAGCCACCACAGCAGUACUACCAUCAGUCUGCUCCCCAGCAGCAGCAGCAGCCGGCUUAUCAGCAUACGAGCUUCCCGCCCCAGCAACACCAGCCGGUUGAGAGAAUUAUUCCCAUUCAAAGGGCUACUUCGAUUCAGUCUCCUUUGGCGACUCCGACCAAGUCGCCCGUUAACCAGCCCAGAUACCCGGCUCACUACCCAGCGGCCACUUCCGCGCCCAACCGCGGCUCAUCAACCGUCGCCUUCAGCGGAGGCCGUGCCGUUCUGCCGAACAAGCCGAACCAGCAGCAGUACCAACCGGUACAGCCCCAACAGCAGCAGCAGCAUUAUCAGCAACCGUUCUUUGCUCCUCAACAACAGCAGCAGCAGCAGCAGCAACAACGCGGCGGAUACGGUAGUGUGGCCCCACGCUCCCCUGGAGUGGCCUCGCCCCGUUCGCCGGGCUCCACGCUAAGCGCUAGCCCACGUGGUUGGGCCCACGUGGCCUCACCGGUACCGGCGGGUUCGUACCGCCCAUCGCCCCAACCACCGCACUCAUCUUCGCCAUCUUCACCCUUCCAUCAGCAACCGUACCACCCGGGGUACGGCGGACCGGCGGUUCAGACCGGAUCGGCUCCACCUGCCGGCGCCUGGUACGGUGCGCGAAAGCCCGAAGCACAACAGCAACAACCGCUAGCACCGCAGUAUCAGAAUCCGCUUGAGCAGCAGCCGUACCAACCGCAACCAACCGAAGCCUUCCAACCGCUGACGGCACAGCAACCGCUGUACCAACCACCGGUUCAGCCACAACACCAGCAGCAACAGCAGCAGUUGCCACCGACACUGAUCACGACCCUACGCAAGGAACCACCGAUGUCUCAGGAGCCUGCUCCCGUCUAUCAGACGCAACCGGUUGCUGCUAUUUAUCAAGGAGGUAGCAAUAUGCGAGGAGACCAAAAGUGGCCCCCAGAGGAGUACAAGCGCCAAUCGGAAGUGGACAACGAGGAACGUCGCAAGCUCGCCCAGCAGCCAGCUUUCCGCCCACGGCGCCAGCAGAAGGACUAUGGCGACUUCUUUGCGAAGAAUGCACUAAACAACACCUAUCCGGGUUACCGGGCACCACCGGGCACACAGCAUCAUGCCUAGAACCGCAACCAUCGAGAAGAGCGGCACGCGACAACCCGGUGCAUCCCAGUGAGGCCAUGUAGCGUGCAUGUGGGGUGGAUUUGCGUACCCCCCUCCCAACGGCAAAGGAAACCCGGAAACACGGAAGAGAUAGAUUGCGAGUGGGGGCGAAAAACAAAAACAUCCCAACAAACCCUCCCGUCAGUUCCCGUCGGAUGGCGUAGAACGUAGUAUUCCCCGCGUGGAGAUCGUGUGCGCAGCAGCAGAUCGGGCUAUGUUCUGAAGUACGUAAAAAUUGUUCAAAAAUUCACAAAACCGCCCGAGGAAGAAAAGGCAGCACGGGUUAGAGCAGACACACCUGGAAGUAUUUAUUCGACCGAGCUAGUUCAAAAAGAAAAACAAACGGAGCGAAGGCUUUUGAAAAGUGGUACCUCCCUAGCGUUUUCGUUAUGUUAGCGGGCGGAUGAAAAACCGUCACUAAAGAAAAAAAAAACACGGCCACUACACGAAACAGCAGCACAACCCAUCACAGGAUAUUUUCGAAACGAAACCAAAAAUGAAACACGCGCGCGUGCGUCAGUAAACUGAAAACACAAUUUAGGGUAAGAUUUUGCGAGCGAGCACGGAUCACGGAGGUACGCACUCAGCCACCCGCUGCGAAAAACGGUGCCGUUUUAGAGGAGCUUUAGAGAGACGAGUACGAGUUUCCCGACCGGUAGUAGUUCCGGUAUUUACGCGAAGGGACAGACAGACCCCCAACACGCUUAGAUUAACCCGUGCGCGAUCAUGAUACGCGUCGAGAACGGGCGCAUCACCUGCGCGGUGGCUUUGAUUUUCCUGUGCCUUGUCGUGUGCUUCCUGUUCUCCGUUUUCAUGUGUGUGUUAAUAUGGUUUAAGUAUCAACCGGCCGCCAGAGUGCGCGCGUAGGAACGCAGAAACCGAGAUGCAAGCUUACAGUUUAUGAUUAUUUCAUUUUUUGUCGCUCCCUCCCACUGGCGUGCGGAGAUGAUCGACGGUUUGUAAUAAUUUUCAGUUUUUCCUUUUUCUUUCGCGCAUCCUUUAGGGGCUUCUAUAUAUUUCGAAGAAAUGAGAAAUGGUAGCACCUGCGAGUGCCCUAGAUAUCAUCACUUAAAUCGCAAAAACAGGAACUGUAAUAACGCUUCGAUAUAUAGUUUUGUUUAUUUUAAUCUACGACGAUAUCGUAAACCAAAACGCCGUGAGCGCUUAACGCUUGUUGUGAUUUUGUGACAAACAUACAUUAAUAAAGGCUUACUCGUUAUGAACAUU